AUGAAGACCAGCGCGUCAUCAUCUGCACCCCAGCAGCAGCCGUGCUGUUGGGAGGCCGCAGUGUGUGUGUGCGUCUCCUCCAGAAGCAGCAGCAUGUCUUCCUCCUCCUCCUCCUCCUCCUCCUAUCGCUCACAGCGCUGCAGCAGCUCGUUCCGGCCAGGGGGAAGCUCUCCAGGGGAACCGUCCUCUGCUUACCGGGACUUCAGGGACGAGGCCAACAGCAUCCCCCUCCGACACAGCCAGUGCAGGGAGUCCUUCAGAUAUGCAGCUCCCGUGUCUGCUCGCCCUGCCAGUCUGGGGACGCUCCGAUCAGUGGGAGACAUGUACCAAAUGUCCGCUGAUGUCAGUCAGUUUGAGCCCCAGGAUGUGGUGGUAACGACCUAUAACUACCACAUCGUAAUCCACGCUGAGCAGGUGGCAGAGGACGGGACAGUCAGCAACACGUUCACCCACAAGGUGCAGCUGCCAGAGGACAUGGACCCGCUGUCAGUGAGCUGCGCCCUGAGCGAGGCAGGAAUGCUGGUGAUCAGUGUGAAGAGGAACCACACGGCAGAUCCGCCGCCAGCCUACCACUCCGAGAUGCAGUGCUGAGAUCCACCAGCAGGGCCCCGGCCACAGAAUAGAUCGCACGUCACUGUAUUCCGCUGCUUGAGCUAUUCAUGGGAUAGAUUUAUAUAUGUGUUUGCUGUAUAUCCACUUUUACAAAAACCCAAGAUUAGGUUUUCAUUAAUUAGGGUGUGUAAGGUACUGUUUAUAGAAAAAAAUACUGCUUUGUUUUUUAAAUUAAAAACGCACCAAAAAUAAAAAAAUAAGAUGUGAACUAUCCUGCGUCAAUAUUCACACCUGUAUUCAACUAUACAGAGGACUUUCUACUGAGCCUGUUCUGCAUCUGUAUUGAAAUAUUCAUUGUGAGUAAUUAGCAGUAUUAUUAUAGACAGGGCACCCUACUCAGGUGGUUAGCCUCAGGCCUCAGAAAGCAUCAGGCGUCCCUGUCAACCAGACUCCUCCAGGUACGUGGCAGGCAACACUGACUGCCUGGUUUCUGCAGUAGUGUAUUUCAUUUAUCGAUCUAUUAGUCUAAUCUGUAUAGCAAGCACAAAUGUCACUCAGAGAUGCACUGUGUGUAAAUAUUUAGAGAUAUCUUCAAAGCACUUCCUCUAUAAAUAAUUAUAGCACUCCCUCAGCAAUGGUUUCGCUGCUUCCAGACACUCCGUUUCAGAUGAACACUGUCUACAUUUUACAAUAAACUUCUGCUUACAGUUGUUGCCUUCUGUACCUCAA